UCCCUCUGUUCUUCUUCAGCAGAUUCAGGGUACAUGACAGUUGUCAGUGCUAAUUAUGGACGCACGGAUAAGACAACUUGCUUCAAAGGGAAACCUUCUGAUCAGAUUUCAAAUGUUUUCUGCUUUCACCAAACCUCUCACAGCAUCAUGUUGGGCUAUUCUGGUCCAGUGCUAAACUCUGUCUUCUGUAAUCCCUGUGUUGGAACACUCAGAUACUUGGACGUGUCUUAUCUCCGACUCCCAUACAGUAAGGGAGUAGCCAGACACAAAUCACUUUUGAAUUCGUUGCACAUCUGUAGACAACACUACUUUAGUCUCAAGUGCAACAGGAAGAAGUCUUGCAAUCUAAGAGCUUCACCUCAUGUUUUUUGCUUGGGUGUGUCCAAAUACUUGGAGAUGACUUAUAGCUGUACCCCAUAUAAGAUUAGGUAGGUGAAGGCGACUCGUUGCUCUAACUAAUACACUAACAUUUAAUGCAGUUCAGAGCAUAAAAACAUACUGGACACUCUGAUUGUCUAAAUAAAUACUAAAUUAUUACUUUCAGUUUUGAAGUACACUUGAAGCCAUUUUGCAUAAUGGCUUAUAUUUGCAUAUGUGCUAAUAACUUUCUAAAUGCAAAUAUACUGCCAUGCAAAUACUGAGUUUUUCUGCAUUUUGCAGGGGUAAAAGCAGGGAUAAAACCUGCAAUCAUAAGACGACAUGAAGGCAAUAUGACUGAUACAUAUGUUUUCCUUGAACACAUAUGAACACACACACACACACACGUGUGAUAACUAGUACCAAAUAGUUAAUUAGAAAAAUAAAUUCCUGACAAGCAGAAUUUGCUGAAUAAAACAAUGUAUUUUUUUCUUAUCCUUUAUUGAUUUAUCACUUAACUAAAGGUUCUAUCACAUACCACUUCACUUUAUUUCACAUAAACAUCUCUUGAAACAGGUGGUAGGGAGCAUAAGGGUUCAUGUAUCACCUUCAAGUGUUAAUGUCAGUCCUUCACUGUAACAGAAUCC